UCCCCAUCCGCCGAUCACCGACUCCGUUGGACCCGAACCCCUUUCUCCGAAACCAAAGAAACCAUAGCUUCCAUAUACCUGCCCGAAGAGUAGGCGGGGCUGCGACGUCCGGACAGCGUUGUUUUGCCAGAACUCUUACCAGUUCAUUCUCUUAUAAUAUCCAAUUCUAUUUCACUCUUGGCGUUGCUAACAGUAGGGUCGUCAAAGCUAGUUUUCAGAUGUUUCAAGAGCCUCUUGCACCAUGGAGGAUUAUGGGUUUUUAGAUCGCUUUAGCUGCUUGGCGUGCUGGCUCUAACACAGUCUACUGUAUUUAACCAGAAAAGUUCAAAUGGAUUAUCCAAGGACCAAUGGUUGGCAGGAUACUGGUACUCUUGAUAGGAGGCAAAUCAGAAAGGGGAAGGCAUCCCAGGAAUCCUUUAUUGAAGAUUGGGCAGAGGAUUUUCGAUUGCCUAUCAAUCACAGGCCAACAGAAAAUGUUGAUCUAGACAAUGUCGAACAAGCUUCUCUGGACACACAGUUAACAUCGUCUAAUAUUGGAUUUAAGCUACUUCAAAAGAUGGGGUGGAAAGGAAAGGGUCUGGGGAAGAAUGAGCAAGGAAUUACUGAGCCAAUAAAAUCUGGUAUUAGAGAUCCCAGAUUGGGUGUGGGUAAACAAGAAGAAGAUGAUUUUUUCACUGCUGAAGAAAACAUCCAGCGAAAGAAACUUGAUGUAGAGUUGGAGGAUACAGAGGAAACUAUGAGGAAGCGAGAGGUUUUGGCGGAACGUGAGCAAAAAAUUCAAACUGAAGUGAAAGAAAUCCGAAAGGUGUUCUUUUGUGACCUCUGCAACAAGCAAUACAAAUUGGCCAUGGAAUUUGAAGCACAUUUGAGCUCAUACGAUCACAAUCACAGAAAGCGUUUCAAAGAAAUGAAGGACAUGCAUGGUGGUAGCAGCCGAGAUGAUAGGCAAAAAAGAGAACAGCAGCGUCAAGAGAGGGAAAUGGCUAAAUUUGCCCAAAUGGCUGAUGCUCGUAAGCAGCAACAGCUACAACAACAACAGGAAGAAUCUGGAUCUGCUCGUUCCUCUGAAUCUAGAACUGCUACUGCACUUGCAGAUCAGGAUCAGCGGAGGACUUUGAAGUUUGGGUUUUCAUCCAAGGGAGGUGCUUCUAAGAACACAUUCGGUGGUGCUGCAAAGAAGCAAAAAGUUGCCAUGUCUUCUAUAUUCAGUGCCGACGCUGAAGAAGAAUAAUGGAAGAUUUUCGUGCAUCUGUUAUUCAGCAUUGUAUCAUUAGUCGCGAGUUGGUGUGUGUUUAUGUGACUCCCAAUCGAGUUUGAACCGUUAUCAGCCUGUGUAAUUUUUAUCUUGGGAUUCGAAGUUUGGUUUGGAGACGAUGUGAACUUGGGAUUACAUAAUCUGAUGGGGACAAUUAUUUCUGCUUCCGAUUAGGGCAACUUUGGCCGUCAUGUUGUUAGCCCCCUUUCUGAUCUCAAUUUAUAUUCCGCAGUACGGAAACACCGCGCUGUCAGAAUUUCGAUUCC